UCUGUGUGCUAUGCUCAAUAAAACUGCACGUUAAUAGUAAGCAAUUAAUACAUUAUGUAGCCCUGCUUUAAAAACCGAGACACCUUUAAUUAUGAUUAUUGUUAUGAUCAUUAAAGGAGUACUCGAUUUUCUUCUUUAUAUGCUUUGCUCUCGAUUCCGACUGUUAGCUGGGGUUCCUAGCUGGGAAAGUGCAGGAGAGGUGUCUUUCAGAACAUGAGUGAGAGCAGCAUGAAAUGAACAGAAGGAACAUUGCACAAGAUAAAGUAGGGAAAAUGCAGUUUCAGCACGGAGAUAAGAGACAAAAGACACCUCGCUGCCUUGGGGUUUGAACUGGUAAACACAUUGGCCUCUUAAAGGACAUGAUUCAGACUGUCCCAGAUCCAGCAGCUCAUAUCAAGGAAGCAUUAUCAGUAGUAAGCGAAGACCAGUCCUUGUUUGAGUGUGCCUACGGAACGCCACACCUUACUAAGACAGAGAUGACUGCCUCCUCUUCCAGCGAAUAUGGGCAGACAUCAAAGAUGAGUCCGCGUGUCCCCCAGCAAGACUGGUUAUCACAACCACCAGCUAGAGUCACCAUCAAGAUGGAAUGUAACCCAAAUCAGAUUAAUGGGUCAAGGAAUUCCCCUGAUGACUGCAGCGUGGCAAAAGGAGGGAAGAUGGUCAGUGGCUCAGAUAAUGUCGGGAUGAACUAUGGAAGCUAUAUGGAAGAGAAACAUGUUCCACCACCAAAUAUGACAACUAAUGAACGAAGAGUGAUUGUUCCAGCAGAUCCUACAUUAUGGAGUACCGACCAUGUACGUCAGUGGUUGGAAUGGGCCGUGAAGGAAUAUGGUCUUCCAGACGUUGACAUCUUGUUGUUCCAGAACAUUGAUGGGAAGGAACUGUGUAAAAUGACCAAAGAUGACUUCCAGAGACUCACCCCAAGCUAUAAUGCAGAUAUCCUCCUCUCACACCUACACUACCUCAGAGAGACUCCUCUUCCACAUUUGACUUCAGAUGAUGUUGAUAAGGCCUUACAAAACUCUCCACGGUUAAUGCAUGCUAGAAACACAGGGGGUGCAGCUUUUAUUUUCCCAAAUACUUCAGUUUAUCCAGAAGCAACACAAAGAAUUACAACCAGGCCAGAUUUAUCAUAUGAACAAGCCAGAAGGUCAGCAUGGACAAGUCAUAGUCACCCUGCUCCUCAAUCAAAAGCUACCCAACCAUCAUCAUCAACAGUGCCCAAAACAGAAGACCAGCGACCUCAGUUAGAUCCAUAUCAGAUUCUUGGACCAACCAGCAGCCGUCUUGCAAAUCCAGGGAGUGGACAGAUACAACUGUGGCAGUUUCUGCUGGAACUCCUGUCUGAUAGCUCCAAUUCCAAUUGCAUUACCUGGGAGGGCACCAAUGGAGAGUUCAAGAUGACUGACCCUGAUGAAGUAGCCCGGCGCUGGGGAGAAAGGAAAAGCAAACCCAACAUGAACUAUGACAAACUCAGUCGUGCACUCCGUUACUACUAUGACAAAAAUAUUAUGACUAAAGUCCAUGGUAAGCGUUAUGCCUACAAGUUUGACUUCCAUGGAAUAGCUCAGGCCCUCCAGCCUCAUCCUCCAGAGUCAUCCAUGUAUAAGUAUCCAACAGACCUACCCUACAUGAGCCCCUACCAUGCACACCCUCAGAAGAUGAACUUUGUAGCUCCCCAUCCUCCUGCUUUACCUGUAACUUCCUCCAGCUUUUUUGCUGCCCCUACUACAUACUGGAAUUCACCAACUGGAAGUAUCUACCCUAAUACUAGGCUUCCAGCCACCCAUAUGCCUUCUCACCUUGGCACCUACUACUAAGUAGGAAAAAAAUAAGAGACACUUCUCCAUGGAAUAUAGUACCCAAUUAAUUAUGAUGAACUAUAUUGGAGAACAUGAAUUAAAAAUGCCUAAAGAGACAUGAAAAAGUUUGACUUGUGGGA